GUUAACCUCAAUACUUACUUGAGAACGAUCAUAACUUCACCCCCAGUCGUUGAGAACCCCAGUUACCCAGUCAGACGCUCAGUUGCUUCAACCCACUGUACUUUACCAUAAGAACAGGUUACCCGAUACCUUGAUCGUAACAUUUUGAUUGCUCCUGUUCAGUAUUUUGCCUUGAAGCAUACCGAGCAGUAUCCGACAACAUGUCUUCCCAGACGUCUAAGAACAACACUCCCAGCACCCCGGCUACAAGCAGCAAGGCGGCCCAGAAAGCCCCUGCUCGGCCCAAGGACGAUAGCGACAGUGAUGACGAGGAAGACCAGCUCCGUAGGCAGGUUGCUCAAACCAACCAGGAGCUCCACGAACAGACGCUCCGCGCAACCCAACUCCAAGAGGAACUCCAGGCUCUCCGAGCCAGUGCUAACGUUACCUCGACCCCUCUUGAUGGGCGCGAGAGACUCAAGCUUAACCCCCCAGCCACAUUCGAUGGCACACCUGGACAAUUUAAAGGGUAUUUUGUACAGGUACGCACCUACCAAGCAUUCCAUCUGGAAACUUUCCGCAGUGAAACAGAAAAGGUGGUACACGCGGCCACUUUCCUCCGAGGACGAGCCUUGUUUUGGUUCGAGCCUCUGUUGCAGGAAUGGCUUGAUGUACCCCCCGAAGAACGACGCCAAGAAGUCACCGACAUUUUCUCAACCUUCGCAGGGUAUGAACGCACCCUCCGUUCCUUGUUCCAGGAACCCGAUGAGAAACGACAGACCGAACGAAACUUGGCCAACCUACGACAAACCAAGUCAGCCUCCGCUUAUGCAACCGAGUUUAGAAGGCUAGCAACAAGGCUGGACAUGACUGAAGAAACCAAGAUCCUCCAGUUCUACCAGGGACUGAAGUCAGAAGUAAAAGACGAGGUAUCCAAGCUCGACCGACCCGAGGAUUUCCUCGAUGCCACACAACACAAAAAGCCCCGUAAAGACCCCAAAAGUGGCAAGUGCUUCAAGUGCGACAAGACAGGGCACAUCGCCAGAAACUGCCCGAGAAACCAGGAAGAUAUCCCUGAUUUUAGGGGCAAGACCGAAAAACCACGAGGACUUAAUGUCACCAAUCACCAGCAACUACGGCCUGACCAACACGGCACGAUGAGCUGGACCACCUGCUACGAUGACAAUUGUAUGACCCACAAUAGCUCCAAGAUCGACGCAGGAUGGUACCCACAGAAGCCCCGAGGCAUUCGAACCCUAGCAGUAGGAAACCGAGUACCCCUAGGAACAGGACAACCAACGAAGUUACACCGAUAAGAAACCCAACUACCCGAACUCACGGAUUCGGAUGCCUCCGGAAAAUCGGAUAAGGAACCUUUGGGAC